AGGAUUGGUGUUUGGGAAUGCCAGCCUUUCAUGAUAUUAUUGUGCCAGUCAGUCAAAUCCUUGUCAGGGACUGAGGAGGAAAUAAAAAGGCUAACUCUGAUACCAGCUCUUGAGCAACUUUGGAGGAACAUUGUGUUGAUUUUAGCAACAUUUCCCCAAAGAGAUUUAACGGGUUAUGCAGAACUAUGUUCAUGUUACUGAAUUGGGAUUAUCAUAAACGUUCCAUUUCUGAAUACCCAGAAAAAAAGUAUUUUAUAUUUAUAAAGUCGUAGGUCCCUCACUCCGGAGGCUGCCAUGUUUUCUACAGCAGCUCAGAGCAGACAAACCAGUGGAAGCAUUAAAAAAAAUUCCGGCAUGACAAUCCGAACACCAUCCACCAAAGACUGUUUUGUAGAUAUAAAAAAUCGGGCAAUUUUCUGAGCCCAUACAAGAAAAGACCGUAGAUUAUGAAUUUGGUGGUCAUGAAAUGGCUUUCUGGCGAUCUUAGGAUUUUUGGAUGCUGAUAUAAAAAAUGGAUUUGGUGCUGCAAUAUUCCUAUAAAUAUUUAAGUUUCCACAAGUUAGCCAGGGAAGGGGAUGUAGCUCAGUGGUAGAGCGCAUGCUUUGCAUGUAUGAGGCCCCGGGUUCAAUCCCCGGCAUCUCCACAAAUCUUUUUCUACGAAACUUUUAGGUAGCUGGAGCAAAAGUGUGUAUGUUUGGAUGUAGUUUUGUUUACGUUGAUUUCAAAAACAAGGUACAGAGUUUCCACUGAAUGGAUGUCUUAUCGAAAAGGCAUUUAGCCUGAGCGUGGACAAUUGGGUCGGUGUCUCCAAAGGAAUCCUACAUUAUUGGCUAUAAAUCGGUGCUUGUAUGUUUGUAUGUUUUAUGUGUUAUGUUUAGUGCCACCUCACAUUACAUCUCACAGUUUAUCUGCAUUUGUGUAACGAAAUGAAUAAGCUUCACAGACCAAUGCGUAAUUUCCCAUAGUUAUAAACGCACCACGAGUCCCCGCCCAAGCGGUAACUAAGGAGAUCACAGUUAUGUUUACUACAAAGAUGUCCUCCAUGCUAGCAAAAACACAACGUAGAGGAGAAAAAAUGACACGUAUCUAAAGUAAACCCCUUUCUAUCAUCACUAUUAAGACUCUUUCUUGUUCGAGCUUCUUAAAGAUAUCCACAGAAUGCAACUAAGGCAUCUGAAGACGCUAUUAUCUCCCACGGUGAGUGUGUUUCGCUAAUCAAUUUUGUGAUGCUAACUGAUGCUGCAGAUGAUGAGAAGGUGUAACUGUAAUUAAUCACGGGUCAACAGUUACUUGCAGUUCAACAGUUACUUAAUUUUAUCAAUAUGACUCCCCGGUUAAUUUUUUGACACUUUUAACCGGCUAUAGAAUCAGGUUUUCGCUGUUAUCUUUCUUGCUUGCUGGUCGCUGGUUUCUACGUUACUAGACAUGCAUCGUGCAAAUUACACGAUCGUACAAAUGUUUUUCUUUAAUGUGUUUUUUGUGUGUUAAGAAACCUCAUAACCUCAUAAGUCAUUUUUACUGAUCAAAAUCAAUUAUGUCGUUCUUUCUGGGAUGUAAUUAUCCUCUCUGCACAGCCAGUCAUGACUUAACCCACGGAUGUCAAACUCAACCACAGCAAGGGCCAUAAUCUGGAUUGAGGUCUAACCUGAGGGCCAAAGAGGGUCAACAUUUCACCAAAACGGUCAACCUCCUUUUCAAAAAAUAUAUGUGACAAAAAUAGCAAUGAUUAUAAAUCAUUUGGAAAUUCAAAUAUGAUAAAAAGAUAGAAAAUUUUUAAUUUUUUAUUCUAUUUUUAUUUAUUAGUUCAAAAGAUCAGAGCAUGAUAUUCAAAAUAGAAAAAUAAUGCAUUUAAAGAGCAAAUACAUGACCAGAAUGUUAAAAGCAGGUUUAAAAGGUCAAAAUAUGAUCUAAAAUUUAAAAUUGGAAUCUAAAGUAUAAAAAUGAAACAGGUCUAAAUACUGAGUUAAACAAAUCAAAGCGUGAAAUUAAAAAUCCAAUCAUGUUUGGCUGGUUACCCUGAGAUGCAAAAUUGAAAACAUGAAAUAAAACACCAAAUAUUUUUUCCCUCCACAUUCUUGACUAUUUAUCAAAUCUUCCUUACUCUUUAAUUUCCCAGAUUUUCAUGGCUUUUUGAGGACAUUUUAAAUAAUGGUGCUCAAGUUUACAUUAUUAUACUGGAGGAAAUCUGCAGACUUCAUACUGGCGGGCCAGUAAUAAUACAAAUAUGAUAUGAUUUUGUGGGCCAGAUUGAAUUGUUCCAUGGACCAGAUUUGGCCCCUGGGCCUUGAGUUUGACACCCGUGACUUAACCCAAUGAGCAAUAGAUGGCUAUUAGAUGUCUAAUUUUUAUUUUUUUUUAGACCUAAUUUCAACCAUCUAGAUUCUACACUCACCGGCCACUUUAUUAGGUACACCUGUCCAACUGCUCGUUAACACUUAAUUUCUAAUCAGCCAAUCACAUGGCGGCAACUUAGUGCAUUUAGGCAUGUAGACAUGGUCAAGACAAUCUCCUGCAGUUCAAACCGAGCAUCAGUAUGGGGAAGAAAGGUGAUUUGAGUGACUUUGAACGUGGCAUGGUUGUUGGUGCCAGAAGGGCUGGUCUGAGUAUUUCAGAAACUGCUGAUCUACUGGGAUUUUCACGCACAACCAUCUCUAGGGUUUACAAAGAAUGGUCCGAAAAAGAAAAAAUAUCCAGUGAGCGGCAGUUCUGUGGGCGGAAAUGCCUUGUUGAUGCCAGAGGUCAGAGGAGAAUGGCCAGACUGGUUCGAGCUGAUAGAAAGGCAACAGUGACUCAAAUAACCACCCAUUACAACCAAGGUAGGCAGAAGAGCAUCUCUGAACGCACAGUACGUCGAACUUUGAGACAGAUGGGCUACAGCAGCAGAAGACCACACCGGGUGCCACUCCUUUCAGUUAAUAACAGGAAACUGAGGCUACAAUUUGCACAAGCUCAUCGAAAUUGGACAAUAGAAGAUUGGAAAAACGUUGCCUGGUCUGAUGAGUCUCGAUUUCUGCUGCGACAUUCGGAUGGUAGGGUCAGAAUUUGGCGUCAACAACAUGAAAGCAUGGAUCCAUCCUGCCUUGUAUCAACGGUUCAGGCUGGUGGUGGUGGUGUCAUGGUGUGGGGAAUAUUUUCUUGGCACUCUUUGGGCCCCUUGGUACCAAUUGAGCAUCGUUGCAACGCCACAGCCUACCUGAGUAUUGUUGCUGACCAUGUCCAUCCCUUUAUGACCACAAUGUACCCAACUUCUGAUGGCUACUUUCAGCAGGAUAAUGCGCCAUGUCAUAAAGCUGGAAUCAUCUCAGACUGGUUUCUUGAACAUGACAAUGAGUUCACUGUACUCAAAUGGCCUCCACAGUCACCAGAUCUCAAUCCAAUAGAGUAUCUUUGGGAUGUGGUGGAACGGGAGAUUCGCAUCAUGGAUGUGCAGCCGACAAAUCUGCGGCAACUGUGUGAUGCCAUCAUGUCAAUAUGGACCAAGCUCUCUGAGGAAUGCUUCCAGCACCUUGUUGAAUCUAUGCCACGAAGAAUUGAGGCAGUUCUGAAGGCAAAAGGGGGUCCAACCCGUUACUAGCAUGGUGUACCUAAUAAAGUGGCCGGUGAGUGUAUAUGUUUUCAGAUGGAAUUUAGAAGUUGCACAUUAACCCAUUAUUUGAUAACUAUUUAUUUCAAAAAGCAACUGUGAGUUGCAUAACUGAUCUCCAAGUACUCAACCAAAAUAAUUAUGAAAGCCGUUGAGCAAAAUACAAUGUAGACCUCUGUUAGCCGGCUAGUCUAAACUUAGUCUAAAUUUAGACGUCUAAAAAACUUUCAUUUUUAGACCUGUGGUAGCCUGAUUUUAGACCAGUUGUCUAGGCUACACUUAGACGUCCAUUAGACCUCUUUUAGACCAAAAAAUGCUCAGUGGGAAGUGUGCAGGGACCAUCAGUAACUCCACUCUGGACAGAUGUAGAGUCCUAGCUGUUUGUUAAAGUGUUACAAUAAGUUUGGGAAAGUAUAGGUGAUUGAUGCUCUAGGCCUCUCCUUGUUUCCUGACUGUUUGUUUUCUCCUCCCUCUUCACAGGAGGAUGCAGCCAAAGUGACGUGCAUGGCCUGGGCCCCAAACAACAACAAGUUUGCUGUUUGUACCGUGGACAGAGUGGUGCUGCUGUACGAUGAACAGGGAGAAAAGAGAGAUAAGUUCUCUACCAAACCUAUGGACUCGAAGGUGAGACAGGGGAGCAGAUACCCUGAUGUGGUUUAUAACAAAUUGAAUUGAACUGCUUGUAUUUCGCAAUGUUGGUGAUUUCAAGAUACAACAAUAAAACUUGCAAAAGAUCAAAUAGGAAGCAAAGGUGACUCAUCAUUUAUGUGUUUAUUUAUCUUGGAUCAAUAAAUGUAUUGUAACAGAUGAGACUGGGUGAUCAUAAUAAACCAUUGUAAUGUUUUUCUUUUGUUUUUUUUUUGUCUCAGUACGGGAAGCAGAGCUUUGUCGUCAAUGACAUGGUGUUCUCACCGGACUCCACAAAGAUCGCCAUCGGCCAAUCUGAUAACAUCAUCUUUGUGUACAAGAUUGGAGAGGACUGGUAACGUGUUUGAGCUGAUUUUACUCCCUAAAUUAAAAUUUAUGUUGAUGGUAUGCAGGCUGAUUUUUAUACAUGUUGUCUUCUCUCACAGGGGGGACAAGAAAGCAAUUAGUCACAAAUUUGUUCAGAAGGUAAGUACACGGUGUGGACACUUUGUUUUUGCUGAAAAUGUCAUAUUUAAAGAGGCAGUUAAUGCAGAAAAGUUCUUUACAAAGACUCUUAACUUUGAUUGCUUUUUAGUGUCAGUAAAACUUCUUUCCAUAAGAGUUUUUUUUGUCUAUUAUGAUUUAACUCUUGGAUGUGGACUUUUCUCACAGAGUGCCGUGACCUGCCUGCUGUGGCUUGCAGAAAACGAUAUUGUUUAUGGGCUAGUGAAUGGAAAGGUCAGUCUGCAGCAUGUGCCUCACUUCUCACCAGAAACAGCAAUUAAUAUGUUGAUGAUUCUUGUUGAGUACUUUUAUAUAUGUCGUAUAAUUUAUAUAUCAACAUUAAAAUGAUAGAAUAUAACACAUGGAUGCUUGCAAACAUUCAAAAAUAAAAGCCCAGAGACCAGACUUUUGUUUUAAAACAUUUAUUUUGACUUACAUGACAUUGCAUUUGUGAUGUACUUUUAACCUGUUUGCUUGGGAGAAUGACAGACUGAUAUGAUCUGAGUUCACAAGUUUUACAGUAACACAAAUUAUCCCAGUAAACAGAGCAUUAAAUAUAAAGAGAUCAAACCUGCUGUGAGGGUAUUUUUAGUGGAUUAAUAUAUUUUUCUCUUAGUAUUUAAUUACUUUUCUAAAAAAUGUAUGAAUUUAUUCUCAACUUUUAUAACUUUUCCUCCUUAUCUAACCUAAUUCUGAGUGUUAAAAUAAUGUUUUCGAUUACCUAACUCUCUCUCAGGUCUGUAAUGCCAACACUCAGACGAGCAGGUCAUCAACCCUCUACAGCACCAAGUCCUGUGUCAUCUCACUGGUGUCCAAGUAAAUGCAAUUCUUAUUAUUACCAACUUGUUCCUACCCAAAAAAAAAACUACCUGUGGGAUAACAGCAGUGAAGGAGCAUAUUGAGAGGCCUGGUCCUUCUCUAAAUAUCAAUAUCAUUUGACUGAUCUACAGACUUGUUGAUCUGUUCCUCUUUGUUUCACUCAGUUUGUGUUAUCUGUCCAUUUUGUGUCAGUGUUUCAGGUAAAGGGAUCCUUUCUGGCCACGCUGAUGGGACAGUCACUCGUUACUUCUUUGACGAUGAAGGUUCAGGAGACUCUUGGGUACCUGCAGCCUCACUUAGGACUCAUCCUUAUCUCUAUUGAGUCUCUUAUACUCAUCAUUUUUAUCAACAGCACUAUUAACUUUCAUGGUACAAAUUUUGUUUAUCACCUUUCUCCCACACUGAUGCAGGGCAAACUGCUGACACACCCGUGCCCGCCGUACGCUCUGGCCUGGGGUGCGAACAGCGUCAUGGUGGGCGGCUGUGACAAGAAGUUGGUGGCUUACAGCAGAGACGGUCAGAUCCUGCAGACCUUCGACUACAGCAGAGACCGGACAGAGAAGGAGUUCACUGUAGCCGCCACCAGCCCCAGCGGGCAGUCUAUCGUGUUCGGCAGUUACGAUCGGUCAGUCAGUGGUUUCUCAGACUGUGAUCCCAUCUGAGUAUGAGUAUGUGGUUAAAAAGUUAUCCUCCUGUUGUUUUCACCCAGGCUGCGGGUGUUCAACUGGGCUCCCAGGAGAGGCAUGUGGGAUGAAGCAAAGCCCAAAGAGAUCCCAAACCUCUACACUAUCACCGCUCUAGCCUGGAAGAAAGACGGAUCACGCCUCUGUGCUGUAAAUACUCUGAAUACUUCACUUCCAUCCAUUAUCAACAGCACCUCCAUGAAGAUUUGCCGAUUUCAUGCCUUUAUUGCUUUAGAGUAAUUCCCUUAUGACUGCCAGGUGUAAGGGUUUUAUGACGUUUGAUGGUUUGACUGGUCUUAUGUGUAUUUGUGCUUCGACAGGGAACUCUGUGUGGUGGAGUGGAGCUGUUUGAUUGCUGUUUGCGGAGGAGCAUCUACAAGAACAAGUUUGAGGUUACCUACGUCGGCCUGAGUCAGGUAGAGACACACACAUCCAGGAAGUUGAUAAAGUUCAUGAAGGCAUCAGAAUUCAAUAAUAUCACAACACAACAAGUGAAGGUGCGGAUCAGCUGAGUGGUUCCGGCUGUUGAUUUGGAAGAUAAAUCCAAACAACAAAUACUCUUUAAAGAUUUUAGUCACUAUACUUUGACCACCGUUGAGUUUUAUCUAUCCUAUCACUGUCCUAAGUCUCCCUUCCUUCUCCCCUAGGUGUUGGUGAGGAACCUCUCCACAGGGACUCGGGUUGUCCUGAAAUCCUACUACGGCUAUGAGAUAGAAGAAGUAAAAAUUAUGGGUAAAGAUCGCUACCUGGUGGCUCACACCUCCGAUACUCUUCUACUAGGAGACCUGCAGACUAAUAACCUCAGCGAGGUAGGAUGAAGAGGAUCUCCCCACCUGACACUAACUUUCUGGUCUAUUUUCAGGGAAGUUUUUGCUAUUUUUAUGUUGAAGAAUAUCUGUCUCAAUGUAAAGUAAUAUCUGCUGUCAAAACCUCUAAUAACAGUAAACAAAGAUGGAGAGACGUCUCACCUCUUCAGCUCACUAAAACACAAACUAACCUCCAAGAUAAAACGUUAAAGCUCUCUUAGGUGAGCACAGUCCACAGCAGAUAAGAUUCUCAUCUUAAUUGUGAGCAGGCGCCCACUGUUGUGGUAAUUUCUGUAACUCUGUGUUAGAGUUUGUUUGUUACUCUGCUAAUCUGGCACACAAUGUGAAAUAAGAGCCUGACAGAGCUGUCAAACUUGGUUAUAAACUCUCUUUUAUAGCACCAAAUGACUAAGUCAAACCAAACUUAUCAGAAAAUUUCAACUCUUGGAUGUAAAUCAGCCUGAUAAGAAGUAACCGUAUAACCAGAAACUGUUUUGAAAAACACUGUUCUGACGUGUGUUUUGGUUUUUCUCUUUCAGGUGCCAUGGCCCGGCUCAGGAGGAAACGAAAAGUUCUUCUUUGACAAUGAAUCGGUACGUACACACAUGUUUUAUGAAAGGAUGAGGAAGCCUGUCUUAAAUUCAUAUUAGAGACAUAUCUACUCUCAGUUUUACUGUGAUGUUUACAGCUGUUGGAGCAUCUGUGACAUCAUGUGUGUUGAAUAUCUUGUUUCAGGUCCUGUCAUGACUUGUUGCUGCCUCAUCUCUCCCCUCUGCCUGUGACUGUGUUUAUUUCACUGUGUUGUGUCUCUCCUUCAGGUGUGUAUGAUUUUUAACGCUGGAGAGCUGAGUCUGGUGGAGUACAGCAACAAUGAGAUCUUGGGAUCGGUCAGAACAGAGUUCAUGAACCCUCAUCUCAUCAGGUACAUCCAGCUAUUGACAUUACAAAAAAAACCAAACACACCCAGAAUCAAUUACGUUAUUCUAAAGAAGCACCACAACAGGUUUGUCUGGUUCAAAGUAACAAACACAACACUAGGAUGAAUAUUGCUGAUUGUUAGAGUCAAAAUGUGAGAUUCAAAGUCACAACAGAAAGUUUCAGAGUUUAAAAAGUUUGAGAGUCCUGCAAUGAAUAACACAAUCAGUCCCAUUAAGGUAAGGCGAGACUGGGGUGGAUGGAUGGGUCUGUAAGUUUUACUGGAGUUACAGAAAAAAAAAAUCACAUCAGCUGAUAUUCUCUGAUCGGGCUCUGAAAACUGGUUAUGGGUCCAAGAUCUCUCCUGAAAUGACGUAUGGUUAACUCCUUAGAUCUUUGGACACAUUUCACAACAUUUUUAUGCUCAUCAAUCAAAACAGGUCACUCCUAAUUGUUGUAUUUCCUGCACAUCCUUCAAAAUUAGCUUUAAUUCUUCAUUGAGGUGUUUGUAAUUCAUGUUUUGUCCAUUAGGGGGCUGUAUUGAGCUGUGCAGAAAGUCCACUUGUUUUGCUGCAGGAGUAUCAGAUAGAUGUCAGCUCACAUCCUUAUAAAAAGCCUCAGCCCUGUCAAAUGUGUCAUGACUGACAGUCUCCAGGUGACUGACCAAUAACAAGAAGUUUUACUGGAGGCCCUGACUGCUCCUCGCCUUGGGCCGGACACUGUGACACGGCAGCAUCAUGAUCAGGGGUUUUCAGUAGGGAAUUCAACUGUGAUGAACUGCAGUCAGAGCUGGAUUUUGUCAACGUGAUGAAAAAAAUCCCUGAAAUUAUGAUGACUUGUGUUUUCCUGAAGGUGUGUCCGUGUGUGUGUGUGUUUUUGCACGUGCAGUGUCCGAUUAAACGAGAGGAAGCAGAGAGGAGUCGAAGACAACAAGAGGCUUGCAUAUCUGAUCGACAUAAAGACCAUUUCUAUAGGUAAGAAUCAAAAUGUGUGUUUUUGAGCAGAAAUCAAGGCCCCCUGAUGUUGUACUCUAUGAUAUUUCUAUGUUAUUUAUUCGCACCACACACCGGAAUCCUCUUUCAUUAGCAAAGUUAUGGUUUUCCUCGCACAAGAAUGACAUCAAAAACAAAUGCAGCUAAUCUGUAAAAGCCUACAGGUUACAUAUGACACACAGAUUAAGUUUUGUGUUUGGUUCUUGUUUGGCUUCUGUUGCAACUUUCUGGGAAAUUUAAUUUAGUUUUUCUAGAAACCCCGCAGGCCGGCAGACAAUAAUUCACACUGAAAACAUAAUGUUCACAGCAGAGGUAAUAAUUGCUCUUCAUCAUCAGCUGGACUGAGUAAUUUCCAUUGAGUGGACCACUCUGAGCAGACCAUGCCGAGCUUUAAUUAGAAAGUUGAUGUAGUCCUGAUAUAUCUGCAGACAAGUGACAUCAACUCAGUCCCAGUGUGGCGAAGUUUUCCAACCAUUGAAACUGAUCAAACAGCAUGAUGGAUUCAUUGAUAAUCAUAAGAUCAUUUAAUAAAUAGCAGUUUUCGUAAGUUAUGUCGUGACCCUGACAGUCUGACUGCCGCUCGGUAAAGUCCAUCUUUUUUCUUCUCCUCCUCCUCUCAGUGGACUUGGCCGGGGGCUACAAUCUGGCAACCAUCAGCCACGACUCCAAGAUUGACUGGCUGGAGCUCAACGAAACCGGACGCAAACUCCUGUUCAGGGACAAGAAGCUGCGGGUGAGAGUGAAACCUCAGCACCCUGAGGGAUCCUAAGAGGGAAACAGUGGGGGAGAGGGACCAGGCAGCUAAAAGACAAGAUGAUGAUAACAAUGGGAGAAAGUAAAGAAGAGGCAACAUGAAUGUUUAAAGUUACAGAGAAGCAAAAACAAGUCUUACUGCUCUCUGUUUAGCCACUUUAGUCAUUAUUACACUAAUACAAAAUGGGGAGAAGACAAAACAAAAAGAGAAAGUAUUAAUUAUCAUUUUAGGCUUAUAACUUCCUUCCAGCAAAGAAAUAUCAACUUUUUCAAUUUAGUUUAAUUUCGAUAUCUGUAAGGGGCCUGAAGAGAAUAUAUCAGCCACAGAUUCUUGGAAGUAAACUUCAGCCUAUUAGUAGAAUCAAACUUGAAUCAAUUUGCCAGAAAAUUGCUGUUACUUGUCUUGCCACUAGGGGCAGACUCCAAAAACGAGUCAGUCAUUACCAUAGACUGUAUAUACUAUGGACAACUUGGUUCCACCUCCCGCCUGUAGACUGAUUUGAAUCCAAAAAGCUCUCGGUAUUUCCGGGAUUUUUCUUCAUUACCUGAAACCAACACUGCGCAGUAGCAUUGUACGUAUUCGGCGGGAGAGUCGCCGAGAGUCGCUGUGAUGACGCUCGGCUCAAACAGCUUAUCCCCUGGGUGAGCCACGCGAUCCCUAAUAACCACAGCUCCAUAAGCUUUGCUGGCGGAGGCGGGAUUUAUGACCUAUCAACAGAGGGUGCUGUUCUCAGGGUGGCUUCACCCAGCAAGGAGGUAGACUCUGUCCAUUCUUUAUACAGUCUAUGGUCAUUACUAACUGUAUUAAAGCUUCUGUGAGGAGUUUUGUUUUUCACAAUUAUGAAAUUAGCAGAAAUUCGUUGAUUUGUCAUGAUAUCCUGAAGUAGCACAGUCUUGGAAGUCCAACCACAAAAUAUACAAACAAAUUCAAGCAGUAGCCUAAUUCAACAAGAAGAGGUCUACCUAGAAUUAGGUUAAACAGAAAUUCAGCCAUACUGGUAUUUCAUAUUUAAAAACAUGACCUUUCAGUCAAUAUCCCUAAAAUGGAGGUCAUACUUUUCUUCAGCUCUCUGUGUUGAUUCAAUCAGCUGAAGUAAAACUAAGUUUCUUCCUUUCCUGUCUCUGACUCGACAGACCUCAGGUUCUCAUCUUUCUGAGGCCAUGUGUGUAGGAUGAGUGUCAGGGAGCUGUUGUCAGUUGUUGCCCCGGGGUGAAGAAGCGGUUUGAUGUCCAAGCCCCGGGGCAGAGACAGGGAGAGCUCUGGUAAUUGGGAAUCCCUCAGUGGUUUCAAACUUUUUGCUGAAGUUGCGCGGUACAUAAUGACUUGGAAUUUUAUAUUCUGGUGCAAAUGUAAAUUUUUUAAGCCUGGACAAAAUGAACUUCAGUGGGAUGAAUUGUGAAAAAUGUAUGUAUGAGCAGAAGUGGCUGAAAAGUGGGAAGUUUGAGGGUGAUUAAAACCAGGAGUUUGUGGUCCUACUCAGCAUGUAAAUCCUACUUUAAAACAGAAUAUUAAAGCAAAUACUGGGGGUUUCUUGUUUCAACAAAAUCUUAAAUCUGUGACUUUGUUUUCGUUUUAAUACAGACAAAGUAGGAGGUGAUUUUUCUCUUACAUCCUGAAGUGUUAACAUUCAAGUUUCCUUGAAAUAAGAAGAGGAGUUUCAGGUUUUCUUGCCACACAUAUGAAUCCAGAGCUCAACUGUGUAAAAACCAUUUUGAUGGUAUUCUCUGUGAUAUUUUAGGAUUACUUAUUUCCUUAAAAUUGUUUUAAAAAUGUAACUCACCAUCCUGGACGUGAGGGUGUUUACUAAUUGCAUCCAGUGAAAGGAUAUAUUUAAUUUUUUGUCCCUCAUGCAUGACUCACAGGACCCACACGCUCAUUAGCAGUGAUUUAUCGCCUCUCUGUUAUGCUUUGAAUAUCCUCAGAUUCAGCCUUGACUGCCAAGUCCCGUCUAAUUUUGCUGGUUUCAAGCAAACAUGCAUGAAUCAGGAUUUUAACAGAUUUCUUCCAUUCAUUAAAUGGAAAAUUUAAAAACCAUACUGCUUUAAUAAAGCCUGAAUGUUGGAUAUAGAUCAGAACAUUUGCAUGUAAUUGAUGUAUUCAGUGGUCAGUGAGGUUAAUGAACUUUCCCUCAGUUAUUAUAAAUCAGAAUCAGUCGAGGUGUAUAACAAAUGUUUCUGUAACUGAAACUUAUCAACAGGCGGCCUGUCCUCAUCACAUUAAAACUUUUCCAGCUGAGCCCUAGGGUGAAACUAUAGAUGGAGGUGCAUUAUUAAAAAAGGUGGUGGUGGGUGGGUGGGGGGAUAUUAAGGCAGCUGAUUACAACAGCAGGCGGUCUCUCACACACACUCAUGCGCAUGAAGUGCUCAGGGAGCCACUGUACAUUAUAGAAUGUACAUAAUCUCAACUCAUCAGAGGAGCGUAGACUGCUGUGUGAGGACUUAUAUGAAGCUGCUGGAAGUUAAUCAACUUUGUUCUGGUCUAAUCAGCUAAACUAUGCAGUGUAAACUUUCUGAGACGGGGAAUAAGAAAAUCAGGACCAUCUGAGUGUACUGCUGAUUCUCAUUCUAAGUCUGAGUUUUACUAACCCCCACUUAACAAAUCUGCCCAAAAAAGGCUCCAUCACAACGUAUUUGAUAUUUGACAGGCUUUGAGAUGAUGCCGAACAAAAAUUGAGGACGUGUGCCAGUUCAAUAUGCUAAAGAGAGAGGAGGCAUGUUGUUCAGACGAGGGCUGCUAUGGUUAAAUAAUUAAUAAUUGAGUAUUCUGAUGAUUAUUCUAGUGAUUGAGAAAUUCAUUAAAUAUUUUGUGACAAUAAAAAAUGUCCCUGUUGUGAUGCAAAUAAAAGAUUGUCUUACUACUAGACCAGUGGUUCUCAAGUCCAGUCCUCGAGGCCAACUGUCUUGCAUGUUUUGGAUGUUUCCCUGCUCCAACACACCUGAUUCAAAUGAUCAGCUCGUUAUUAAGCCAUUACAGAGCUUGAUAAUGAGCUGAUCAUUUGAAUCAGGUGUGUGUGGACUGGACUUGAGAACCACUGUAUUAGACCAAGGAAAUAUACUUUAAAUUCAUUUAAUCAGCAAAUUCACAUCUACUUUUAAGAAGUUAUCCAAAUUUUACACAGGAAUUUGACCCUUUAAUCAUAGCUUUAAAAAUGGGGAGUGAAGACAGAGUAAAUAAUUUAGGGUGACCAUACGUCCUCUUUUACCCGGACAUGUCCUCUGUUUUGGGGGCUGUCUGGGCUGUCCGGGUUUGUCCAGGGAAGUUUAUAAAAUCCUUCAAAUGUCUGGGGUUUUGUACGUAAGUUUCGAGUCUGGGUCUUGUGGACAAACUGAGUUAGAAGCACGUAAAAGACAACCGAUACGACCCGAAAAACUCUCAAAAUUAACUUGGUGUGACUCUGUGACUCCGCCCCCGCGUAGUCGUGUCCUCUUUUUUGGGAAGUCAGAAUAUGGUCAAAUACUAUUUAUCUGUGUGAGCACAGACAGGCCUACCUUGGCCACCCUUACAUUCAGUUGUGCUUCCCCAGUCAGCAAGUCUAGAUACGCCCCUGCAUAGUCACACAGAGGAAACAGAAAGAUCUGGAUGCAGUCAGACUGUUAAUUUUACACAAUAAAAACUGUAGGAAAAAAAAUCUGAUUUUGAGUUUGAUAGAACAACAGAGGACGUGCUCAAACUUAACCUCAAACUUAAAAUGUUAAAAAAGGAGACUCCUGAAACCAGCUUAAAACACACACAUCUGCUGUAAGAUAUAUAUGAGCAUCAGAAAGAUGGCUGUCUAUUAGCCCCGCCCUUCACCCAGUCAGUGUACGAGUGAGGAGAGGCAAGAGUCAAGACUUUAAAACUGCAACGGCAACAUUUGCAUAGUUUGCAUAAUAAAAUUCUACCAAUAGCCCAUGCUGAUGUUUAUGAAUGAAUGAAAUGGACAGCUUUGUUAUUCACUGACAUAAACAUGUUUUACAAAGAUUCAACAACUCAAAGUAAGAAUUUCUGUUUUCUUCUCCUUCCUCAGCUCCAUCUGAUCGACACAGAGAGCCACGGAGCGAGCGCUUUAAAAACCACCAUCCUGAGCUUCUGCUCCUACGUGCAGUGGGUGCCUGGCAGCGAUGUGGUGGUGGCCCAAAACAGGGGGAACCUCUGCAUUUGGUACAGUAUCGACAGCCCUGAGAGCAUCACCAUGUUCCCCAUCAAGGUGAGACUUUGUUUCAGUAAUAAGAAUAAAAGUUUCAUUCAAAGUAUACUCUACAAACCUAAAACCACAGAGGCUCAGUGAUGGGCACGGCAGUUCUUUUGGUCUUCUUUUGACGGGGUCAGCUGAUCUGCAUACUUUUCAACCACUUGAUUUACUUCAGCCCCGCGUCUCUGUGCUCCUCCCAAAGCUGACAGAGCAAGUGUCUUUUUAAAGCUGCUGUCCUGCAGCAGUUACUCGCCCUGGGCAGGAGCUUGUCUCUUAAACUUGCUCACUGAUGUUCUCAUUAAUGAUAAAAAUCAGGCAGAGGGAGCUCAAGCUCGGCUGCACUUGGACACUAUGCUUCAGACGAAAGCAUAUGUAGAGUAUCAGACAAUUGAUAUUGCAACUCUGCAGCGUGUCUUCCUCUGAAAUUGUUUUUCUUUGUCUUCAUCAGGGAGACAUUGUUGAUCUCGAACGAACCGACGGGAAGACCAACGUGAUCGUGACUGAGGGAGUCAACACGGUGACAUACACGCUGGACGAAGGUCUCAUCGAGUUUGGAACCGCUGUGGAUGAUGGCGAUUACGACAGGUACAUUAACAACCACAUAGUUUAGCAGAAAAUCACCAUCAUUACCCUGAACUCCAACACCCACCCCCUGCUCCAACUACUUGCUGCUUCCCUGGUUUGGAGUCAGGAGUGACAGCAGGGUGAGCAGAACAGGCCAGAUGUCCUUUUAUCCCCCAGCUUCCUCCAGCUCUUCUCGAGGGUUUCUUCAGAGCUCCCAGGCCAGCUGGGAGAUAUAAUCUCUUCAGUUUGUGUUGAUUUCAACACCUCCAAAAUGAGUCUGCCUCAUCAGAUGGAUAAAUUGUUGCUUCUGUUCUGACCUCUCUGAGUUUGGAGGAGCAGCAGCUGAACUCUCCACAGUCACUCUCAAAUUUGGCAGCUACCAUGUAGAAAAACUCUGUUUUCUGGUAUGAAAUGAGCAUUUGUUGCACCGUGUGUCUGCAUGUUUAUUUUUCAAGAUAUGAAUAUCACCACCCAAAAACUUUUACACUGUAGCUGCUAUGGUUAUGAAACAAAUGUUGCAUUUUGAGGGGUUUAAUAGUCUUUUUAAAGACUAGCAAGGCUGAAUUAUUACAUUACUUAUCAGCAUUUAAAGUAGGGAAGUGUCAGAGUGCGAUGUAAACACAUCUUCUUAUACUGCUUCUUACACCGUCUCUACAACACAACACAUGUGAAACUGUCCUUUCUUUGGCAUCAUGCUUGAUUAUCUUGUCUCAUGACUCAGCAUGUCUCUAUGUGUGUGUGUGUGCGUGUGUGUGUGUGUGUUCAGGGCCACAGCAUUCCUGGAGACUCUGGAGAUGUCAUCAGAGGCUGAGGCCAUGUGGAAGACACUCAGCAAGCUGGCUCUGGAGGCCCACCAGCUGCACAUCGCGGAAAGGUCAGCGAGACACACACACACACACACACACACACACACACACACACACACACACACACACACACACAACCUAAGAAGCUAAUUUUCAUCUCUCCGAGCUAAUUGCGUUCUGUAUCAGUCCUGAUUGUAACUGAGACUUAUCUUUGAGACAAGAGAAAACAAGGGCACCUGGAGCUGUUUGACACUAACACACACACACACACACACACACACACACACACACACACACACACUGGAGAUGUGUCCCUGCCUGACCUCCCUCUCUAACCUCAUUCAUCAUCAAAGACUGUUUAAAUUUCCCCAUUUUUCUGUCUAUAAUAAGCAUUUCUCUCUUUCUGCAUCUGUAUUUCUGUCUGUUUUCAGAAAACUUUCCUGACUUUGAACCCUCUGUCAUUAAUAAUACAUAUGCUGUUCGUUAGGCUUCGGCUUGAUUUGCAUAAAUCAUGAAAUCUGGGAUAGGAACGGUUUUGUCUGCAGCGGGAAAUGUUAAUGAGGGGAGAGAAAAGGAGAGUCAGACAGAGGGAGUUUUUUUUCUUUCAUGACUUUCUCUUUAAUCUGAUGCAACUAUUCAGACGGAUUCUGUAAUAAAGCGGCCAAAUGCUCAGAUGUUUCUUUUUAUUUCUCAGACCCUCAGACUCUCGGCUAAUUAGACAAAAGCUUUAAUUCGUCUCGGCUCAUUAGGUAAAAUUUUCUGACGGAGUGUUGACCAGCAUGUGCGCCUUUUUGUCCUUCCCUUGACUGAAUGUUUCUUUUUCUGAUGUAUACUCGGUUUUUGUCUCUUUGUUUUUGUUUCUUGUUGUUUUCCAGGUGUUUUGCUGCUCUGGGGGACGUCUCGACUGUACGAUUCCUUCACCAAACAAACCAGAUAGCGGACAAAGUUUCACAGGAGACAGUAUGUUUCUUCAUACUGACUUAAUGCACAGCAGAUAAUGGGCUCUGACCGAUUGCUUCACUGUCUCUAAACUCCUGUUGGAGAGAGUUAACAGAGGCGUUAUAGGGGGAAACACAACAGUGACAAGGUGUAGUAGCGGAGCUGAAAGGGGGAAGCGACUCUGUGUGUGUCCAUGUGGCGCUUCUGCUGCCAGGGCACAGACUGUAUUUACUACGGAGAACUUGGUUCCGCCUUCCACUAGUUUACAGAUUUGAAGCCAAAAAGCUCUCAGUGUUUCCGAGUAUUUUCUCCACUUCCUGAAACCAACAUUGCGUAGUAGCGUUGAACACAUUUGGUGGGAGAGUCGCUGUGAUGACGCUCGGCUCAAACAGCGUAUCCCCUGGGUGAGCUAAGUAAUCUUCGUCUGCCUAUAGGCUGUAUCAAGUGUCAAUCAUGGAAAAUAUGAACCCCCUAAUAACUUUUAAAAAUGGAGCUGAACAGAAAAAAGAGGACUUGAGCACAAACCAGUCUUACAGUAACUACAUGUCAACAUCACAAGCAGGGGGAGAAAAAUUUAUAUUUAGUGUAAUAAAUUUCUAGAGUUUGUCCACAGUUCCAUAAGGAUUACUGGAGGAGGCGGGAUUUAUGACUUAUACUGCAGCCCAUCACCAGAGGGUGCUGUUCUCAGGAUGGCUUCACUCAACGAGGAGGCAGACGGCGUCCAUUCUAUAUACAAUCUAAGUGCCAGGGCUUUAGCGCUUGUGCAAUGCUAUAGCACAGUGGUUCUCAAGUCCAGUCCUCGAGGCCCACUGUCCUGCAUGUUUUGGAUGUUUCCCUGUUCAACACAACUGAUUCAAAUGAUUAGCUCGUUAUUAAGCCAUUACAGAGCUUGAUAACGAGCUGAUCAUUUGAAUCAGGUGUGUUGGAGCACUGGACUUGAGAACCACUGUGCUAUAGCACAAUCCAAAGUCACCCAAUAGGACACCAGUAUUAUAUCUCAGUGUAAGCAAUAGAGGAAAAGUCUGUAGUUGGCCCCAGUGCAAAUACAUUUUCUGAGCCUUUCUUGCCCCAAACAGAGACGCACACUCUUGUACACCUAUGCGCCAUACAUACACAACCACUUGAAGCACACAAUUGGUGUGACUGUAUAAAAACGUUUAGUGCAACUCUUUCUAAACCAGCCAAUGAUCAGAACAAUGGAGAGCAGCCAUAGUGACACAUUAAUCUGCACGAAUCUAUCAACCUGUCUCUAACCACCACAGGCUGAUUUCUUUCAAGAUGCUGCGAGGAGUUUUGAGCAGGUUAUAAAACAGACUGACUCUAAUUCUAGUUUCCAUGCUGUGCUGUUUUAAACCCGCCUUUUUACCUAUUAAUAUGAGCAACAAAGACAAAUGAUGACAUUUUUAAAGAGAGGCCUUUUUACAACCUACAAAAGCAUUGAAGACCAUCAGUGAUAGAACUGAUUUCUUCAUAUAGUUAUAUCUGCUGUGUAAAAUCACAGGUAGGUUCCAUGUAAUUUAAUUAAAGCCACUAUAAGGAGUUUUUUAUGCUUAUGAAACAGACCGAAAUUCAUUUUAAUGACUUUUUAUGAUAUGUAAAAGCAAAGAAGAGCAUCAGAGAGAAGUUUAAAUGUGGGUGUGUAUAUGUCAACAGUACAGUCCGGUAUAUUCCGUAGUCAGAGCCCUUCUCUAAUAUUUCUUGAGUUAAUUAAACUGAUCUAAUUUCCUCAAAAUGGCUGAAUAAUCACUGGACUUCGUGGUGUUUUUGUUUGGCCAGGGAGGAGAUGGGACAGAGUUUUUUGAGGUCCAGGCCCACGUGGCGAUGCUGGAUAAGGACUUUAAACUGGCAGAGAUGCACUACAUGGAGCAGGUUAGUGACACACCUUCUCUUUUCCUCACUUAAACAAAAUGUACAAAAGCAUAGGAAAAAUUUCCACAUUUUCAUAUAAGCAGUAAUGAUCGACGAUGAAAUUUUGGAUCCAUUCAUCAUGAGAUUGUAACAACCUGAGUUUUAUCAUAUGCAGCACCUGAAGUUGUUGCUUUGAUUACGCUGAACUCUUUGUUGUAAGUAUCUGUGUUUUCUGUGUUUCUGCAGAAUGCUUUGGAUGAAGCUAUAGCCAUGUACCAGGAGCUCCACAUGUGGGACGACAGCAUCGCUGUGGCUGAAGCAAAGGUAAUGAUGAUCACUCUAAAUUUAUACCCUACAGCUCCGCAUUUGAGAGAGCGGGUCCCUACUGCUGCUGCUGCUGCAAACUUCAGCCUUUUUUGGUGCAGCUCUUUGUUGCCACAGGAGUUUAUUUCAUUUUGAAAGAAGUAAAAAUCACCACUGUAAGGAAUUAUUUCCAAAUUCCUCAUCAAAUCCCAAGAAAAAACAAAAGCAAAUCACUUUUUCUCCUGUUGCCGGACCAAAUGUUGAAUGUCAUAAAUGUUGGAUGUGUGGCAACAUCAACAAUAAUGUUAACAGUUAAAAUAACUACAACUAUAACAAUAAUAAUCAUGACAAAAACAGUGUAAAGAAACAACAGUAUUGAUUACAGCAAUAACAACAUUAAACAAAAUCAGCAAUAAUAACAUAAUGAUAACAGUUAUCAUCAAAUUUAAAUUGUAAUGGGACCCAGAAUUGAUCCCUGUGGGACUCCACGCAGAGAAGCAGACUCAAAUCAAGAGGCUUUUUCUUUUCUUACUGAAUUUAAGUUUUUUUUUUAAAUGUCCUCAGGGCCACCCUGAGCUGGACAGCCUUCGUGGGAACCGUUACCAGUGGUUAAUGUCAACGGGUCAGGACGAGAAGGCCGGUGAGGUAAAGGAGAGUGAAGGCGACUUUCAGGGAGCCAUCAACCUCUACCUGAAAGCCGGACUUCCUGCUAAAGCUGCUCGCCUCGCCAUCAGCCGGCCUGAGAUCACCAACAACAGUGACACUGUGGGCCGCAUCGCAGCCAGCCUCAUUAAGGGAGAGUUUUAUGAGCGGGUGAGUGGACUGUCUAAAUAUCCUCUCUCUCCUUUUUUUCCUGCCUUUUUCUUUAUCUCUUCUCCUGAGAGAUGCCAGCAGAGAAGUAUCGACAGAGAAACAACAUCUUUCUUUGUUUAUACAGAUUUACUCUCUGUCUCCCUCCAUCUGUCUGUGUCUUUUUCUGUCUGAAAACUCUUUUAUUUCUCCUCCAGCCAUCUGUGUUUGUGAAACAGGUAGAAGAGAGGCUCUGGAAAUCAGAGAGAAACUUUGUGGAAUGUGUUGCUCUCUCCUGAUAUUGCAGGGUUUCAUUAUUUUAUAAUUUUUAAAGACAGAUCUUUGUGCUUGAAUGUGUUUUUUCAGCUUGUGGCGGCCUACAUGUCCUUGUGGCUGUCUGUACAUUUUCUAUAAGUUGCAAAGACUUUAGAGAAGAUAAGUAAGCAUUAAACUAUUUAAAAAGAAAAAUUUUGAUGGUAAUGGUGGUAAAAGUAAAUGUCUGUAUUAGACAUAACUGUAUGAGGCAGUUUGCUGUGCUUUGACAGUCCCCCAUACAUCCCACCUCAACUAUUUCUCUGGUCUAAUAUCUUAUAGAGGAAUUUUGGAUCUUAAACGAAAAUUAAACUCAAUGAGUCAAACUAAGAAAAAGCCAGAAAAGGACUUCUUGAACUUUAUAAUCACAGUUAAGUUGCGGGUCAUCAUCCAUUCCUAAUAAUAUUCAAAUUUAGGGUUGAUCAUUACCCCUGGGACCCCUUUUGAGAUGAUAUUGCCUAAUAAAAUAAUUAGAUUAGAUUAUUUUAGAUUAGAUUAGAUUAGUUUAUUUAAAAGGGGACAGUGCAAUUUCAUAAAACACAAGAUUACACAUGGUUAAAAAAAGCCAGAAUUAGCCAUAAGGCUAGUUUUCAUCUGUAGUCCCCUGGCCAUGAUGUGAAAAAGGCAGUAAAAUUACAAUUUAAAAAAGAAGAAAAGAAAAGAAAAGAGAGAAGAAAAAAAAACCAACAAAAAAAUAAACAAACAAAAAAAAUUCUUUGUUGUGCUUUUAUUUUGAUGGUUUUUUUUCUGUCUCGUUCUACCUGUGUUGUCAACCUAUGCUUUUAUUUUGAAGUUGACUGCCUUUGCUGGAUCAUUGUGGCAGAACUGAACAAAAAUAUAGGGUCAGAAAGUAAAAAUGUUUGGUUAAUCAGUGAGUAAAAGAGGCGUCAGCUCCGACUCUGUUUUUGACUUCACAAAAAAUUCUGUAUAUCAGUUUUAAAAGAGCCGAAUCAUCUCCAAGAAGGCUGCUUCAGCUAGCUCACUAUCAGUCAUCCACUUCUUCUUCACCUGUCCUGCUUAUUAUGAGGUGUGGCAGCCAACAUACAGGACAACUACAAUGAUGACGCAAUAUUACUGUGUGCUUAUUAUUUUGCACGAUAUCAACAUUUUUAUUGUCAACAUAUAGCUCUUGUUUGAUAUUUUAAAUAUUUAGCGUUUACUGUCAAUGCUUGAACUUUUGAGGCCUAUUAAAACACACUUCAGCUACCAGAAUGGGGUUUUCUACCAUGUAAAUUUGUCCUUAUAAACUUUAUUUAUGUCUCCUGAACAGGCCGGUGAUCUGUAUGAGAAGAUCAGAAACAACCAGAGAGCUCUGGAGUGCUACGUCAAAGGAGGCGCCUUCAGGAAAGGUAAAUCACUGGUGAACUGGUGGCAUUCAGAGCUAAUCUUUUAAUACGUCAGAGAGUAAAAAUCUCUUAUCACACCAGCAUGUUUUCAUUGUUAAAUAGCUCAAAGUUCAGCCUCAAUGACCUAUUGUGAUGUUUGUACAAAAGUUACAAGUUCCUGUGACAUGUGACAGGAUGUUUGCCAACGUGUUGCUGUAUGUUGUGGAGUUGAGCGUUGGUAAAUAAAGUUUCUCUUUCUGCUUCCUGUAGCGGUGGAGCUGGCGCGCCUCGCCUUCCCCGCUGAGGUGGUGAAACUGGAGGAGGCCUGGGGAGACUACCUCGUCCAGCAGAAACAGAUGGACGCAGCCAUCAACCACUUCAUUGAAGCAGGGUACGAAGUGUUCAGGACCAAAAAGACAAAGAUCUAGGCAGAUGGAGAGAGGGAAUGAUGAAAAAAUUAAAAAUAAUCCAAUGGAGACCGCCAAUUGUUCUGUAAAUCAUCACCAGGACCACGACAGAGGGAUGAGAAGAGAUAUCUAUAAACCUGAUUAUGUUCUUUCCCCAAAAAACACCAAAUAAGGACAAGUGACCAGCACACAGACUGCUAUUAUUUCCUGGUUGAAAAGGCAUCUGAGGCUGAAUUUUGACUUUGAGAACAACAAAGGUUUUAAAAAUAAGACUUCUGCUGCUAGUUCUGCCCGAUAAAGUUUCAGCAUUUGCCUCAGAGUUAACAAAAAUGAUCUGGUUUAACUUAAAAACUGAGAAAAUAUAUUGUGCAUUUGGCUGCCUAUCUGUUUUGGUGUACUGGUUUAACCACAUUCAUUGAAUUUUAGGGAUAAAAACAGAAGCUAUACUAAAGUUUGUCUGUUUUCUUUGUCGUCUGUUGCCUCUCAGCUGUUCCCUUAAAGCCAUUGAAGCUGCCAUUGCAGCCCGACAGUGGAAGAAAGCUGUCCACAUCCUGGCAUUACAGGAAGAUUCAUCAGCAGGAAAGUACUACUUAAAGAUCGCCCAGCACUACGCCUCUGUGCAGGACUAUGAGGUAAGAGAUCAGAGAGGAUUAUUUAGUGUUAAAAAGGUCAAAGAAUGAGGCUGAGGGGACAAUGAGGGGCAUGUUUUGUGCAACAGGGUGAACAUUCAGUUUGCUCAUGUGUAAAAGUUUCUUCAUACUCCUGCAAAACUGUUCAUUUAUGGCAAAUACAAUGGUAGCAAUACCUUAAGUAACUGUACCUCAUGCAUAUUCUGCAUAGACGGAUCUGAGGUCAUUUGAGUCCAAGGUAAGGUGAGCUCUUUUGCAGCCAGAGGAGUUCAAAAAACAGUGACAGGUUUUCACUGGUGACUCAUUCCUAAGCAUUUCUCCAAGGAUAUAUUAGGGCACCUAUAACACACACCUAUACAGACACAACCUUGAACACAAAAAUAAACCUCAGUUCGGUCUCCAUGGAGCAGUGAGUGGGCUGUUUCUUUGAGGGUUUAUUGGCAAUGAUAACAGGUCAGAUGGUUUCAACAAAAGUUGCCAAAACACCAGAAAAACAGGACUGAUGAAAAGGAGAAGAUGAGGAUGAAUCUGGUAUAGAUACAAAGAAAAGAGAAAAAGGAAGAGAGAUGAUGAUGACGGUGAAGCUCAGCUCAUUCUGAUGAGCUCAGCUGAGCCAAACAGCCUCCACAGACUGCCAGCCUCUGAAAAUAGCAGGCCAUUUCAGUCUGUUUGCUCUAUGGGCAUAUUCACAGAAAGUAAUUAAGAUAACAAGCUCUUUGCUUUCCAACUUGUGGAAGUUGCAGGAAAAGUAUGAUUCGGUUUCAAACUUAAACAAUGGAGGGAGCUCACACCUGUGAUUUCAAUACAGAAAUUAUCAGUGAAAAAACAAUGAGUUAACAUUUUUUAAUCAGAACAAGCGACCAAGCGGCACAUACAUUUGUUUCACUGAUACUGGUGUUAGCACAGCUUCAAUGGAGUCAAACUUCUCCUUUAUGGAGCAAAAAUCGCUCUUAUUGAACUCAUGAACGCUUCCAUUUCCCAAACCUGCCAUCUCUGCUAAAUUCCCCCGACAGAUACACAUGUCCUCCCCUAAUCACCACAAUCUCCCUCCUCUCAUACGAACAGAAUAAUGUGAGGAACUAAUUUUGCAUAUAGUUUUUUAAGUGCUGUGAACCUUUUACAAUCCCAGGUCUUCUAUCAUUUCUUUUUCUUUAUUAUUAUUCUAAGUUCAAAAAUCAGAAAAAGUGUGAGAAUCUGUCUUUGUUCAGAUUGUGUUUCACUGUUUAUGAUUAUGUUAAUGUCUGUGUUUUGUUUUGUGUUUAAAUGGCCUGCAGCUGGCAGAGGAGCUGUUUGUGAAAGGAGGUCACAUUAAAGAUGCUAUAGACAUGUACACUGCAGCAGGGCACUGGGAGGAGGCUCAUAAGGUCAGUGUGGAUCAUGAUCUAACAUGGUGUGGAAUAAAAACAGUCUAAUUCCUGUUUUUUAGGUUAUUUUUCAGACAGUGGAUAGGAUUUAAACACGCUUCACAAUUAAACCCAUGAGCUAAACCAGGACCUGAGACUAAACUUUGUGCAUAGUCUUGAGACUUUUGAAGUUUUUUUUUUUUUUUAGAGGGAUAUGAAAAAGGUAACUUGAUGAGUUUCAGUAAAUAAAGAUACACAAGCUCAUUUACGAUAACUAAGUUCAGUAAAAGAGGAAAUCUGCUAAAAACCACAGAAAUAAAAGCAGAGCAGCUCCAGGGUCUUAUAAGCCAAAGUGAAAAAUAAACUUCUGAAUAUAUCAUAUACAAUGAAAUAUAAUUCUAAUUUAUUUUACCAGGUGAAAAAAAUCAACAAAAGUGUCAGGGAGCGGCUAAGUUACCUACAAGAGGUUGUACCUUAAAUGAAAAAUCAAGAUUGUAAUGGUAAUGACUGAUACAAAAAGCACAAAAUUGCAUAAAAGUCUGUAGAAAACUUAUUUUUAGCUAGCAGUUAAUAAUGACCUUCAAUAGUUAAAACUUCUGUGAGGAGUUUUUUGAGGAUGAUGAAACAGACUUUAAUUUAAAUCGAUGCCUCUUCAUGAUACCUGAAGACGAACACGACCGUCAGCUACAUAACUGACCAUGUUUAUACCCAAAGUUUUCAUGCCUUAAACUGACUUGAAGGGGUAAAUGUCAGAGAAAAACACUAAUUUUCAAUAAAAUAUUCACAAUAAAUGAGAAAUUCGGGUGUUGAAGUCAACAGCAGGAGGGGGCGCCAGAGCGGACAAAACCCAGAAGUCCCUCACAGGAGCUUUAAUUACGAACAUUUAUGUUAUAACUACAUUCUUAAAAUAACAAUAUAUUUAAACAAACUAGAGAAUAACAAGCAUGUGAUUCUCUUCAAAAAUUUUGGCUGUAAAGCUAAACAAAAGAAGAGAAAUACAAAAUGACAUGAAAAUACCCAACCUGACCAAAAAAUUCACUGACACUGAGUUUAAAACAGCAGUGUUAAAAAUGGACAAAUGGCUUCAAAGAUUUCAAGGCUAAAAGAGAUUAAAGAAAAGCAUAAUGAUUGAAGGGACUGCUGUGACUCGACUAGAAACCAGGAUAAGUUUUAAAAUGUUUUUGUUUGUAUUCUGCAGUUGGCAGUGAAGUGUAUGACGGAGAAGGAAGUCAUGGCUCUGUAUAUCAGCAGAGCUCAGGAGCUGGAGAGAGACGGAAAAUUCAAGGAGGCCGAGCGGUAAACAGAGAUCACUUUAUUUAUAGCAGUUUGUCACAUCAUACGCCGCUGAAUGCAUGGAUAAUGGAGAGAAGCAAACUAGCAUGACUGUGUUUGAAGCUGUCUCACGAUUAGAGUGAGAAAAACAGUAUUUAACCGCUGACAGGUGGUAAUUUCAGACGCUGUUUGGACUUGACUGUCUUUUCAAUUCUUUCCAUUAUGUCAAGAGUGUUUCACAAAAAAAGGCGCCUCUCACAGUUUUUGACACUCACACUUAAAAAAAUAAAAUGACUGGACUACGAAUGAUUGUCUGUGUGUGUGUGUGUGUGUGUGUGCGUGUGUGUGUGUGUAGGCUAUUUGCCACAGUAAAGCAGCCCGACUCUGCCAUAACCAUGUACAAGAAGAACCGGAUGUUUGAUGAUGUCAUCCGCCUGGUGGCCAAACAUUACCCUGACGUGUUGACAGAGACCCACAAACACCUGGCCGAGGUAACUACAGCCGUGAUUUAGGACGAAAUCAUGUCACUGGAUUAUUGAAAAGCAUUUAAAUCCAUCUUUACAACUACAGAGCUAACUAUAUUUUAGGGAUGUGUGAGAUCCCGACCAGAACACUAUCAAGAGAGGAAAGAAGGUCCCUUUAAAUAUUAUUGAGACUACAGUGUGUACAGACCACUGAUUAUUCAGCUGUCUAAUUAUUUAACUGAAUGUUUUAUUUGUUGUUAUAAAAUAUACAUAGCUUCUAUAUUUAGACUAUAAAAUACAGGGAAUGGAGGAGAAAAGUAUGUUUUUGUUAUUUUUUUUAUGUUUAUUUCCAUUUAAAGUCAGCAUAAUCAGCUGCUCUGCAGUCCCCCCUGUCACCCAGUGUGGAGUCACCAUUUUACUGUCUUUCCAAGACAGAAACAACAGUUUGGCUAUGAUUCCUCUCAAUCUUUUGAAAUUGCCAGAUUUGUUUUUCCUGGAAGCUUUUUUUGAGCAAAAUUGACAGCCUACCAGCACUCAGGUGUUGCUCUGUGCCGCCAUGCAGGGACGUGCCCCGAACUUUUUGACUGGGCUAGCCAGGAUGUAUGUGCACACAGGUUAUUAGCAUUCACCGUAUUUCUCCUAUUUUUUCAUUUUUAACACUAUCAACAGAGGGUUAUAGAGACGAUUCUUUGUAUCAUUUUAGAAGAUUGAUAUAUAAGAGGCUGUCUCAGCUGUCACUGGGCAAGAGAGAGGUUACACCCUGGACAGGUUGCCACAGCUGGGAUAGGCUCCAUCCCCCAAAUUUUCUAUAUUUUGGGGGCUUAUAUACAUUAAUAUCAAAAAACUUCCCAUCAAAGCUUUAAAUGUAUUCUCAGGAGUGCUGGAUACAAAAGAGUUCUUUAAUCCUUAUAUAACGAAAGGUAAAAGUGUGUGUGUACAGUGCACCCCUACAGAUGACACUAAUGCACCAUUUUACAUUAGUUAUGUUGAGAUAAAGUCACAUAUAGACCCUUUAAGCUCCAGGAGGGCAAAGAAGAUUUAUAAGGAAUCCCAAUAAGGUUUAAUCCCCGAGUGUUUUUACUUGCUUUUGUCAGCAGCUUCCACUUUUUUUGCUGUGUUGCAAACUGAGAAAAACGAUUGCUGAAGGGACAUGAAAUCUACUUAUCAGCACCUCUAUUUAGGACUCACAUUCAUGCACUUGAAUCAGCUUUUUUUUUUUUGUAGAUUAUCAAUGCUGCAGCGUGCUCUUUUGUGCCACCUUACUUCGCCUGAUAUGUAUGUUGUGCUCAUGUGUGGUGUGACUGUGUUGUAGGAGUUGGAAGCUGAAUCCAGGUUCUCAGAGGCAGAGUACCACUUCAUGGAGGCUGGAGAGUGGAAAGCUGCGGUGCAAAUGUACAGAGUCAACGAUAUGUGGGAGGAAGCAUACAGGGUAAAUACGGUCACAUGUAUUCUGUGGGCUCACCUGCUGUUGAUCUCAGGCUUUGGACUCUGAAUGAUCAAACUGUGAUUGUAUGUUUUAGAAGUAAACGUCUCAUCCCACACAACAUACAUUUACAGUAAUGUUUAAUAUUUUAUAUAUUCAGUGUUAGAAAUGCUACAUUUGUAGAAAAAGUACUUUUUCCUGCACACUGUCAAAAGUAAUCAAAUGUCAUACCAUCUAAAUGAACCAUUCAUGCAUCAUUUCUGCUGCAGACUCAGUCAACUACAUAGAAACAGAUGGAUUUUUCUAACGCUUUAGAAACAUGCCAGACUUUCAUUUUAAGGAUAGCUGGCUCAUUAACACAACAUACAGUAUAUAAAAUAGUCCUUGGAGACGAGCCACAGAAAGAAAGAGAUGCAGUCGGUUAAUUCAACAAUAUGACAACAUUUACUGAUAGCUGCCAGAAUAAAAAGCUCUGGACAACUUAACUUUUCCGGUUAUAUACGUGGAAACAAUUAAAAUAGAUAAGAGUGAGGAAGUUUGGGAUUAAAUACUUAAGUCCAAGUCCAGUUUACCUGAGUCCAAGUCCAAGUGGAGUCCCCACUAUCUUAGUCCUAGUCAAGUCCGUUUUACCUGAGUCUAAUUCCGUGAUGAGUUCACACUCGAGGUCAAGUCCAAGAAGAGUCUCUUUAUCUGAGUCAAGGUAAGAGUUAAGUCAGUACCAAGUUUUAGUCGUGUACCUACAAUUUAAGUCCAAGUCCAGAUUAGGUCCCCAUUACCUAAAUCCACUUUCUAGUCAAGUCUCCAAUACCUGGGUCCUAGUCUGAGUCAAGUCAUGCUUUCAUCCAAGUUCAAGUGAAACCCCCAUUUUCAGAGUAAAAGUCCUUAUUGUUAAAGCUCAAGGGUACAAGUCCAACUCCAAGUCCUUAAUGCCUAAGUUAAAGUCCAAGUCGAGUCUCCAUUACCUGAGCAGUAAGUCCAGUCAAUACUUAAUGCCUGAGUAUGAAUUAGGUCAUUCCUCAGUAACUCAGUCCUUGUCUUAGUCAAGUGCCUCAGUCCUGCAUCCAAGUUUGUGUCAAGUCCCAUUACCAGAGUAGUCCAAGGCCUGACUUUAUAACCUAAGGCCAAGUCCAAGUCGAGUCCUUGUUGAGUCCCCCACUAUCUGAGUCCAAGUCCCAGCCAAUUUUAUACAAAUACAUGAAGUAUCAUAAAAUAAGAAGAGUACAGUACAGAUGGGUGUAGAGUUUGUGCUUCUUGUUGACUGUUUAUUGCUGUUGUGUUGCUGAGCUCAGAGCAGCUUUAUACCUUCAACCAAAGGUUUUUUUUCUCUUAGUUUAUCUGUGCUGAGGGGCUGAGGAACUCACACUGCUGCAGGACUCCUAUAGACAUAAAAACAUGUAUAUAUAUGUUGGUGUGUGUGUUUGUGUGUGUCAGGUGGCAAAAAGCCAUGGAGGAAAUGGAGCCCAGCAGAAGGUGGCGUACCUGUGGGCUCGCAGUCUGGGAGGAGAGGCGGCCGUCAAACUGCUCAACAAGUUUGGUCUCCUGGAGUACGCCAUCGAGACAGCGUCCAAUAACCUGUGAGUUUCUUAACAACACACAGGGGACCAUUAAUAUUCACACACAUCCUGACGUUUGCAUUUAGGAUUUCAACCUGCAGCAGUGCUGUAUAAUGUCACAUUUGGUCAUCGUUUGAUUAAAUUUGUCAUGAUUUCAGUUUCUUUAUGUCCUCUCCAGCUCUUUUGACUUUGCAUUUGAUUUGGCUCGUCUUUCAUGCAAAGAAAAGACUCCUGAGAUCCACCUGAAAUACGCCAACUUCCUGGAGGACGAGGUAAAUACGCUCAUUUACAUAACUCAUGUAUAAACCAUGGGUAUUUUUAUUUUACUGUUACUGAAGUAACUUUGCAGGGUUUCCAGCUCAAAGAAACCCUUUUUUUUGUUACAACUGGCAUCUGGGAAACCCCUUAUUUCAGCCUCUGCCUUAUUUUGUACGGUGGCCCUGAGGUGCAAAACACAAUGGCAAAUCAGAGGACACAACACAAAAAGAGAAAACACAACAACAAAUCAGAAGACACAGAACAAAAAGAGAAAAAAACACAACAGCAAAGAAAACACAACACAAAAAGAGAAAACACAAUGGUAAAUCAGAAAAAGAAACACAAAAAAAGAGAAAGCACAGUGGCAAAUCAGAUAAAAACAGCACAAAAAGAAAAAAACACAACGGCAAAUCCGAAAAAAACAAAACAAAAAGAAAAAAACACAACAGCAAAUGAGAAAAAAAAACCACAAAAAAGAGAAAACACAACGGCAAAUCAGAAAACACAAAACAAAAAGAAAAAAACACAACAGCAAAUCAGAAAAAAAACACAAAAAAAAGAAAACACAACAACAAAUCAGAAGACACAGAACAAAAAGAGAAAAAAACACAACAGCAAAGAAAAUACAACACAAAAAGAGAAAACACAACGCUAAAACAGAAAAAAACCCACAAAAAAGAGAAAACACAGUGGCAAAUCAGAUAAAAACAGCACAAAAAGAAAAAAACACAACGGCAAAUUAGAAAACACAAAACAAAACAAAUAUAAAAAAACAACAGCAAAUAAGGAAAAAAAACAUAAAAAGGGCAAAUCAAAAAACACAACACAAAAAGAAAAAAAACACAACAGCAAAUCAGAGAACACAACAGCAAAUCAGAAAACACAACAGCAAAUAAGAAAAAAAAGAGAACGAGAAACCACAUAGGCAAAUCAGAAAAAACAGCACAAAAAGAAAAACACAAUGGUAAAUAAGAAAACAACACAAAAAGAGACAACACAACGGCAAAUAAGAAAACACAAUGGUAAAUGUUGUUGGGUUUUCUGAUUUGCCGUUGUAAUUUUCUCUUUUUGUGUUGUUUUCUUAUUUACCAUUGUGUUUUCUGAUUUGCUGUUGUGUUUUCUGAUUUGCCAUUGCAUGUUGCACCUCAGGGCCACCGUAAUUUUGGCAACCGUUCCUCUAACAUAAAGUAAGACACAGCUUGUGGGUGUGGCUUUUUACACAGCCUUGCAGUCAUGAAUUGACCUGAAAGUCAUGCCUUUACAGAAAACGUCUGGGGCUAGCUGUUAGCAGCUAUUAGCUCUGCAUGUAGCAAUCAUGUUAGCAUCUGUUAGCUGUUGUUACAUGAGCAGCUACUUACAGUUUGUGGUUGCAAGCCCUCAUGAAAGGUCCUUGAAGAUGGACCAGCAGCAGGUUUCACAAAGAGUUGAGGUGCAUACCCAGCUUGUACUGUCCUUUGGAGAGAAAAUAGCUGAAAAGAACACUUGAGAUCAACUCACCAAGACAAAGAGUGGAGGACAAAGACGAGCGGUGAAUCAGACUUGUCAAGCUUCCACUUGGGCUUGUCCUUCUGCAUUGUCCUUAUGGUAUAACAGAACCUGGCAAUACGCUGUGGCUGUGUCUCGAAACAAGCAUUGUUCAUCAUCAUCCUCAUUAUAGAACUUUGCAGUUUUCUUGUUUGGACACAAAACACCGUAACACCAUAUAAAUCAAAGUAAGAAUCGGCAAAAUAGGUCACUUUGAACUGCACCAGCCCAAAGAACAGAUUAAUUCCUUCAAACUAAAAAGCAUCCGUCUUGAAUCUUGGAUUACAUGAAGUAUUUCUGUCAUUUAGCCUCUUUUGUAAUGCAAUAACAUGUCCUCUGAUUAUUUCAUGUUUCAGGGCAAGUUUCCCGAGGCUGAGGCCGAGUUUGUCAAAGCAGGAAAACCCAAAGAAGCUGUGCUCAUGUAAGUACACAUAAGGGAUGGUGAUCAGGUUGUCAUGAUGGCAGCAUUAACCAACUUAUCAUACAUUACAGUUUACUGCUUAUCAUACGGCUACUUACGUCAUUAGUCUCUUGAGACCUUUGACCUUUUCACUGCUGUUUCCAUGCACCUAUUUCAGGCAUUAAAGGUGACAGUAAAAGAGUUGUUCAUUUUGUUGCUGACAGCCUUGUUUGAGACCCAGGUUUAGAAAGUUUCAAGUUUAUUUUUCCAUUUCUCCCCGAUGGGUUUCAACUUUUCUUAAAAAACGCGGGUUGUUUUUGUGGUUAUAUUUGGGCUUGUGUUUGUGAACCGCUCCAGGUACAUCCACAACAAGGACUGGGCCAGCGCACAGCGGGUGGCCGAGGGACAUGAUCCAGAGAGCGUGUCCGAGGUUCUGGUCGGCCAAGCCACAUUCUGCUUUGAACAGAAAGAGUUCCAGAAGGCUGAGGCCUUCCUGCUCCGAGCUCAGAGACCCGAAAUCGCUAUUAAAUAUUACAAGGUGAACUGCGGGAGCCAAAGAGGAGCUCUUACUGCGAGAAUUAUUUUUACCCCACUGAAAAUUUGCUCAUUUUUAUGACUUUUAUAUACAAUCUUAGAGUUUGAAGAUCACACUUUUGUUAAAUUCUUUUAUCUCUGUGUUUAUCAGGGUGCAGAAAUGUGGACUGAUGCCAUGCGAAUCUGUAAGGAAUACCUUCCCAACAAGCUCUCGGUGCUACAGGAAGAGUAUGAGAGGGAGACCUCAAAGAAAGGAAACAGGUUAGACUGAGACCGAAACAACAACGAAUCAGAGCCCAUUUACAUUCCAGGCAGCUUGAAAAUGUUCAUAAAUUUGAUCCUUUUUCCUAUUAGAUUGAAAAAACAACUCAAAAUCUCUGCUCGGCUCAAACAGACGCUGAAAGUCUUUUUCAAGUUGUAUCAACAAAAGCAAACAGCCUUGAGAACCAGACUCACAAACAAAGACGAGAUGUUUUCUUUCAGAUGAGUUUUGACUUUUUAACCUUGUUUUGUUGCAAAGAAUCCUUCAAAAGGCAAAAGAGAAACAUUAAAAACCCUCGUUUGACGAACAUUUGGCAGUCCCUCCCCACUCACCCUGCAGUAUCGUCCAUGCACAAAGAGCUGGUUUGAUGCUUUAUUGAAACACAGCUCGAGUGCUAUCCCAGAUUGAAACUACCAAUGAGGAAUAUCUCGUUAGCAGGCAGAGCGGCAUCAUCCUCCUCCCAUCCAUCGCUUCUCCCUCUUUAAUAACUCCUGGGAGAAAAAACAUCAAAAGUUACCAACGGAGACGGACAAGGAAGAGGGUUAAAGAGAGAAAAUAUUGAAUUAUUGCAGCAGUCUGCUGCUCGGGCUCCUGAUGAAAAGUGUAAAGGCUUCCCAUUUCCCACAACUGAGAUCAAAUUCAGUUUGCUUGGAGGUGAUUCCUUUUCAUGAGGUGCUGAAAAUGGGGGCAUUUUGAAGGACAUAGACCUGAAGCACAAAAGACAGUGAAUAAAUACUGGGUAACUGUGACUCUUUGGUGCUGCAGCAAUAUGUUAUGUGAAAGCCAGACGGAGUAAGGCUCUGAUUUGAGCAUAUUCUUCUGCAAUUACUUCCACCAACAUGGACUAAAAUAAUAAUCACAUGAAGACAGUGUUUGUCACAGAGGGUUCAGUUUCGUAUGAUCAGCCUUAAAAAAAUUAUCUUACAAAUAUGAGGUACUAUUGCUACAGUGGGUCAGGUUGAGUACUGUAAAUUCUAAUCCUAUCUAUCAGAAUAUAAAAUAUACAAUAUAUGUGGAAAACUGACACACAAGCUAGGCUACAGUUUUCUGCAAGUCUCCCACAUGAUUUAUUUAAUUUUUAGAGACUCAUCAAAUGUACACUCCACUAAGAUUUUCAGCUCUGUCCUUUGCCAUUAGAAAGCCUAUUUGUUUGGGCACCAAUAGCAGACACAACCAACAUAAAUACUACCCUGCAUGCAAUGCAAUCAGCCGGUAUGCUCUAUGGUAUAUCAGCUUUGCUUAAUAUUUAGCACUAAAUGCAGCAGACACAGUAGUGGCUUCAUAGUUUGUUAUUUCCACUCAUUUUCCCCCUCCAGCAGCUAACACAGUGUUUUAUUACUUUGUAGUAAAUAACCUUGAAAGCCGAGCACUUCCUUUAAAGAUGCACUUCCAUUCAGCUUUUCUGUUAUUCUGAUUUAACUCCUGAGUUUUAAAGAGAGUUGGUAACCAACUGCGGCGUUCAGUACAAAAGGGAGCUCUGGCAAGUUGCUGCUUCGUGUGAACAUCUGGUUAAUUUUGAUUCCCAGAGAUCCAAAGGUGCUGUUGUUACCAAGUCUCACAGAUACACAGGCUUUAGCCAACAGUGAACACACCUGCAUCACUUUCAAAUAAUGAAGCAGUCCUUAGAGCAAAUUUGGCUCGUGAUUAGUACAACCUGAGGACCUCUGGUGAUUUGUAAAUUAACAGUCUGAUUUAUUUCAAAAAGAAGUUGCUCAUGUCCAGAACUAUCUUGUGGAUUAGUGGUUGCUGAGCAUUAUUUGAGGAUUUCUAUAUGUCCUGGGAUAUGAUGAGUGAUUGCAGGCUGCUGUCUAAUGAAAAUAAUGAAAAUAAGGGUCAUUGUGUGCAGUUAUGAAACAAAACGGUUUCACUCGUUUUGAGAAUUCAAACUUGGAGGGAAACGACUUUUCUGAUCAUUGAUUCCCUGGAUAUCAGGAGUUCUUGUUCAGGGUUUCACAGUGCUGAAAGUUCAAAUGCACCUCAGCUGACAUGUUCUUGUUUUUGUUUCCUUGUGUGACUCUUAUUUAUUUAUUUUUUUUUCAGAGGUGUAGAGGGUCUGCUGGAACAGGCUCAGGAGUGGGAGCAGGCAGGUGAAUACUCUCGGGCUGUGGAGUGUUAUCUGAAGAUGAAGGACGACUCCAACACCAACCUGAUGGAGAAAUACUGGAUGAGGGUAAAACACAUUUACUUUGGGCUUUAACACAUCAAGAUAUUGCUUUGGGUCUAAACAUACGUAGAGGCUCUAAACUGACCUGCAUCCUCCGUGCUUUUGUACUUUUAUUGCUGACAAGCACCUUGAGCAACCCCACUUCAAAAAAUGCUGAACUAUUCCUUUAAUUCUUGCUGUCCACCCUUUCCUGUGGUAGAAUUUCAGGAUGCAGGAAAUUCUUGGUCUUAUCUGCUGCAACUAACUGAUGAAGUGAGCACAGGGAAAAUGUCCACAUCCGCCACUGUAAUGGCUGAAUGAUAAAGUAGACGUAUAGUAGUGGUCGACCUUCUCCCUGAGGGUAGAGGUCACAGUGUCACCACCAUCAAUAGAUGACCUCCCAGGGUUUCACACCAGUUAUUGUGUGUUAUCGACCACAGCUCUGUGCAGAUCCGAUCAUUUGGACUUUGAAUAGCAGCUCUGAUGGUGUUGCUAAAAGAAAGGUCACUAGGUCCCGCAGAUCAAUAGCUUAUUUUUUUUUCCUUUGGCGAUCUGAAUAACAAAAGAAGAGAAAGAAAGACUGACUGUGUGUUUUCAACAGAGAAUUAAACCAUUUUUUCUUCUGACCCUGUUAAAAGCGAAGGUCCAAAGGUUGAUCCGCCGCGAUCAAUGUGUGCAUUACAUCAAAGCCUGAACACACACACACACACACACACGAUUACAGCUUCUUUAUUUUAAAGAAAGAGUUAAUGUAAUGGCCAGAGGCUGGUUUCAGUCUUAUCCUCUUCAUCUUUACAAACGGUUUUAUAAAAAUCAGAAUAUUACAGUAUUAUCCUCUUAUAUUAAGCAGUGGAUUCAAAUCUACUCAAAAAAAUUUUGGUUGGUUAAGUCAGUGGUUCUCAAGUCCAGUCCUCGAGGCUCACUGUCCUGCAUGUUUUGGAUGUCUCCCUGCUCCAACACACCUGAUUCAAAUGAUCAGCUCGUUAUCAAGCUCUGUAAUGGCUUAAUAACGAGCUGAUCAUUUGAAUCAGGUGUGUUGGAGCAGGGAAACAUCCAAAACAUGCAGGACAGGGGGGACUCGAGGACUGGACUUGAGAACCACUGGGUUAAGUCACUGAAAUCUGUUCAGACUUUUCUGAUUUUACAACCUGGAUUCUGAACAGAUUCUGAUUGUUUUUAUGACAGUGCAAAAAUGGGGUGUAACAUGUUGAAACUAGAAAGCAUUUUUUUUAAAGAAACAGCUGGAAAGAGAAAGUAAAACACUUAGAAAGUUUGGUGACACUUAAAAACACCUGGAAGGACAUCUUGUGCCUAAUUAGGUGUAUUUGCAACAGCUUGACUGGGUACAAAAAGGGCAUUUCAGAGAGGCAGUGUGUCUCUGAAGUAAAAAUGAGAAGUGGUUCACUCCUCCGUCAGAGAUUGGGUGAGGAAAAAGUUUAGCAAAAUGUUGUUCAAAAAGUGCAAAGAAUUAAAGGAUUUCAUCAUCUUCUGUACACAAUAUCAUUAAAAGAUUUUAAAAAAUCUAGUAAGACUGGAAAAAAGACAUGACUCUGUAGUGGAAAUCACUGCAUGGGCUCUUUUACACAUAAAAAAGACUUUAAGAUCUAUGAAAGCUACUUACAAAAAUAAGUAAUCAUCCUUAUUAUGCCAGUGGAAAUACAACAUUUUUAUUUGAUUGAUUUAAUUCCCUCUAUUUUGGUAAGACAAAAGACGAGUGUGUUUGUGUGUAUUUGUUUGCGUUUGUGCGUUCCCAGGCCGCAGAGUUGUCCAUCAAGUUCUUCGGUGGAGAUCGAGCCAUUGAGGUCGUCCGAGUGGUUGGACCGCGACUCACACAGCUCAGAAAGUAUAAUGCUGUGAGUGAAAACACACACACACACGCACACACAUAAACACCCUUUUAUGCAGCAUAUUGAAAUUUAGGAAGAGCCAACAUUAUAAAGUUCAAAAUUGUGUGAAACUAAAAAUUUCUCUGUUAAUAAAAGAGACCUGGCGUUCAAGUUUCAACGGUAGUAUUAAAAGAAAACACUUCAAAUAGAAAAAGUACUUCUCGAAAACAUUGUUUGUGUUCAUCUCUGUGUUUAUUACAGGCUGCUGAGCUCUACUUAGACCUGGACCUCAUAAAAGAGGCGAUUGAUGUCUUUAUUGCUGGCGAGGAGUGGAAUAAAGCCAAGAGAGUCGCCAAGGAGCUGGAGCCCAGGUUUAAUACUGACCGUCCAUAACACACACACACAUGCAUGCACAAAUAUUUAUACAUUUAAAACACAUUUGCAAAUGGUCCAGCUUUUAUUAUAGAAAUGAUAAUGGCAGGAUUUUCCAUUUCUCUUCUUUGAACAGUGUCUAAAUCCUCUGAUCUCUUUCAGGUACAUGGACUACGUGGAUCAGAAAUACAAAGACCACCUCAAGGACCAGGGAAAUGUCGACUCUGUAAGUUCACUGUCGCUCUCUGUUACAGAAUCAUUGCCAAAUUGGGACAAAAACAGAUGCAUGAACACUGUGGAAACUUGGAUUUUUUUUUGUGUGUGUGUGUGUCCAGCUGGUGGGUGUGGAUGUCAUAGCAGCUCUGGACAUGUAUGCAGACAGAGGACAGUGGGAGAAAUGUCUGGAAACAGCAUCCAAACAGGUAAUAAACACAUGAUCAGCUUUACAGUCUGUUGUUUCAUUAAAGCUCCUGUAAGCAACUCUCAGUUUGUGUUGAUUUUGGCGCCCCCUGUGAUUGAAGCAGGUCUUGCAGUAUUUUCCUAUAUUUUUGUGUGCACAGAACAGUUAAAUAUAUAAUGUGUUUUUGUAGUGUGCAUGAUCCCAUCUUUAAAGAUGAAGACAUGAUGUUUAAGUUACAGUUACAGAAAUGUGUCAGUCACAGUUUAGAGGAGCUGAAUGUUAACCCAUACCACAGACCACCACUCCUAAAGUCCCAGUUGUGUUUCAUCAGAACUUUAAGAUCCUCCAGAAGUACGUGGCUCUGUAUGCGACACAACUCAUCAAAGAGGAAGACCCCAUAAAGGCUCUGCAGCUCUACAUUCACCAUGGAGCACCACCAAGCCCUCAGGUAGACACAGCUACUGCCUAAAUUUGUCUUUUUUCCUGACGACACCAGCACCAACGUUAAGAUCUGUGCUGUGCAGGGAAAUCUUUCUUUUUGUAUACUACAUGGAUAAGGUUUGGUUUAUCAUUAUCAUCAAAAAACUUUGACCCCCAAAAUACAACAUAACACAAGUUUUUGUUCUUUGAAGAGCUUCUGCUUUUUUAGACUUUGGGCUCUAUUUUUAUGUCCACCAGCGGCGUGGCGCAGGGUGGUGCACCUCACGCAGUAGUAUUUUAGUCCAGCACAGCCCGCCGCACAGCCAGUUUGUUAUUUUGGCAGACUGAAGCACACUGAGAUGCACCAAGCUGGGCGUGGCGGUGCAGUAGGGGGAGGUGUCGACAGAAUCAGCUGGCUCACUGACAUUUUUGUGCCUGCUGGCGGCGUAGAAAGUGCGCUGAAAGCUCGCCGAUUCAAACCUGGUCAGGUUUGGCGCAGGCAGCGUGAAGAUGGUAUUUUGGUAGACCGGCACAGUGGUGCGCACACGCCACCAAUGCCGUCUCCCCUCCCUCUUUCCUACUUGCACCACUGGGAGGAGCUUUGUUAGGAAGGGGGGCUACCUGCACCAUUCAGGAAAAUACCAAAGUGUGCUUGGUUACACCUCAUGGGCGCGGCAGACCUGCCUUACACCGCACCUGUGCUAUGCUGCCGACGAGGCACGAAAAUAGGGCGCUUUAUCUGGUUUGUUGGAGCAAAGUGUAAACAGUCUUCUGUUUUUUCUUACUCUUAGAACUUCAACAUCUACAGGCGUCUGUUCCUGGACAUCAUCAGUCUCUCUGACACUGAUGCACCAGAGUCUUACCACAUGUGGGCCGACCUCCGCAACUUCCUGCUGCAGCUGGUAAAUCACAGCACAUUCAUAAAUAAAUACUUGAAAUUUCCAGGGUAGUCUGGAAUUAACUCUAGAUUUCAAACUGUCUAUUCAUUUUUAACCGCAGUUUCUGUGUUUCUGGGGAUUUCAGUGUGAGAACAUGUCGAGGUCAGCCGAGGCCGACUCUGCUGCUCGUGAUGACUUUGAACAGUUCCUGCUGAUUGCUCACUACUCCGCCACAAGAUCGGCUGCGAAAGGAGUCGAGCAGCUAGUACGGAAUACACACAAACACGCAGAGAGAAACUUACAUUUUAAAUGGGUUUAUUAGGCUAUAAAAAAGCUCUCUUCACGUUUUUAAAUAAAACUGAGAGGUUCAUUGCUUUGUUAGUUUAAUAUUUAUAUCAGCUCUUAUAUAUGACUUCUCCCUCUGUUUUUUUCAGAUCACUAUCGCAGCCAAGCUGUCCGUGUCUUUGUUGCGUCACACUGAGCAUAUUCCUGCAGAUAAAGCUUUCUACGAGGCCGGGCUGGCCUGCAGGGUUAGUGCUGUUUAACUCUUUCUCAAAAUAUUCCCAAAACUAUUUCACUUUAUUGUCUCAAGUGGCCUAAAAUUUCUCAUACUCUCUACUUGAAGAAGCAUAAUGUGAAAUUAUUCAGAUAUAUUCCUGCGAAUUUUCUAUCAGGAAUGGAUAUGCAAAUUCUGCAAAGAUUAGAAGUAGAUUUUCUUUCUUUGGGUUGUCAGAGUCUGUAAAUUCAUGCAGGGGGGAAAAAAAGCACGGAUUGUUUCAGAAUAGAGCUCUGAAGGUGUGAAUCAAACUGUGUGGGGCACCUUAAAGAAAACAUGAACAUGUAUGUCAAAAGAUCUAAACUUAAAAUGACCAUCUGCUGUUUGUCUGACUGAUGCAUGAACCUAAAUGAGCACCUGGUUUAUGAUGUGUCUGUUUUUGUAACCCAUCAGGCGGUCGGCUGGGAGAACAUGGCCUUCAUUUUCCUCAAUCACUUCCUGGAUCUGUGUGACGUAAGUGAACCAGAAGAUGUGCUUAAAGAUCCCUCCUGACACUAUGCGACAGUUUAACAGGAAAAUAAGAGUUUUUAUGAACCGGUUCUGUCAUGAAUUUUAGCAGCAGUUUGAAGCCUGUUUUUUUAAUCAGUUGAAAUUCCUGAUGGAUUGAUGAUUUCUGUCUCCAGGCGAUUGAUGAGGGGACUUUGGACGCUCUGGAUCACUCUGACUUCAUGGACACUGACAUCCCCUUUGAGGUCCCGAUUCCCUCCAAACUCUGCGUCACUGUAAGACUUCUUUUCCACAAACACUUAAUCAGACACACACCUUUGAAUAUGUAUCAUCCAAAUAUAACUCGGUCUCACUCCACUGCUUUUCAUGCAGGCCACAAACACACCCUGACCUUGUGUAUACAUGUGGGUAUAUGUGCGUGCUUGUCUAUGUGUGCCUAACAGGACGCACAGCGGGAGCAGAUCCGUGACUGGGUGUUGAUGGUUUCUAUGGAUAACCGGUUAGAGCAGGUUCUUCCUCAAGAUGAGAGAAACUCGUAUGAAGCUUCACUAGUGGCUGCAAACACCGGCCUGCGCUCUCUGCCCUGCAUACUCACCGGUAACACACACACACACAUCAUUGUCUGAUCUAACACAGUUUAUUUUAUUUAAAGGUCUUUGGGUCAAACUUUAAGGUGCGAGUUUGAUCACAGAAUUAGUCACAAUCUUAUUUUUUUUUAAAAAGGGUUCCGCUGGAAAAUAUCUACAACAGUUUCAUUUUGUUUUUACACGUAUGCAUCAGUUAUCAUGAUGUAUUUAUUUUACCUGCAGGUUACCCUGUGCUGAGGAAUAAGGUGGAGUUCCCACCUGUGGGGAAAGCAGCCAACAAAGAGGACUGGAACAAGUUCCUUAUGGCCACAAAGGUGAGAACAGAGCGACAGGCAGGUGAGAUACAGCCAUCUGAGGCUGUAAAUACAAACUCAGAAACAGUCAACCAGGUGGGUUCACCCAAAUAUAUGCUUUAAGUGAAAUGAGGGGAGUUCAGGCCCACAGGUUUGACCAAUGAAGGCAAAAUUGUGCCAAAAAUGACACACGUUUAUCCUUGGUCAGAGAGGUUGUACCCAGUCCUCUUGUAUUUAUUCUGAAAUGCAUUCAAAUGUAUAAAAAUGUGAAUUUAACACUCACACAUACUGAUACAUUCACACACAAACCUGAUCAUUUCCCACUUUUCUGUCCUCUCUAGACCACCCACAGUCCAGAGUGUCAGGAUGUCCUCAAGUUCAUCAACCAGUGGUGUGGAGGUCUGGGGGCAUCUGGGUUUUCCUUCCACUGAUAAAUACACACUCGUUCACUCUCCUCAAGAAAGAAUCCUGACUGAAUUUUUCCCUUUUUUUGUUUGAGGUCUGACUUUUUUUCUCCAGGACUCAAAUCCUGGAAUUCUGGUCCAAAUAAACGCACAGAAAAAAGCACCUAAAUAAGUGAAUUAUUUUUUCAGGUUAGACCGUUCUAAAUUCUGAACUUUUUCUUUAAAUUCUGAAUUUAAUUUAAGAAUUUUGAAUUUAAUCAGAGAAGCCCAGAGAGGACCAACAACUAUUUUUUUUCCAUAAUAUAUUUAUUUAUUUUGUCAACUUUUUAUUUACAUCGACUCUUUUUUUCCAACAUUUAUCUCUUUUCCAUUUCUGUCUUCUUUGAAUGAUAUAACAUAAAACACUACCCUUUGUUUUUCAUAGUCAUUUUUAAUUUAAUAGCAUAUAUAACCGUUAUAACCAGCCUUCACAAAAAACACCUUUACAAGAUGUGGAAUAUGAAUGUAAACUCCUGCAUAAGACAUUAAACUAAUAUCUAUGUUUUUUAGAUACUGCUUUAAAAUUUGCCUUGAUACAACCUGAGAAUUCAAGUUUCUUAGAGUAUAAGGAAGCUUAACAAAUGAGAGACGCACAGUUUCACUCUCUUGUUGAGGGUUACAUUAACAGGAUGGCACCACCCUCAUGCUUAUAGGAUUGUGAUUGAGGCAGUCUCUGGGUAAGGCUGGCUUGGUUUAGAUCAACUCUCCUCUCUCUUUGUUAUUGGAGGUACAUAACAGUAAAUUCACACAAACCACACACCCGCUUAAAAGACUUUUUCUCAGGAUGGCGUUUGAAUGAUAAAUUCUACUCUGAUAAACAGAUUUUGGAUGGCAUGUGGAAUGAACUUUUCAUGUGCACUCAUAGAUGAGGUCUUUUCUCUGUGUGUUUCAGGAGCCAAUGUUUGGCAAAGCCUUUCACUGUGUGUUUGAUAUUGAAUGUAUUUUGUUUAAAAAGUAAAGAAAUAAAGAUAGUUUUCAAGAAUUUCAAA